AUGUCCUGGAAUCGGCCUCACACCGUGGCCCAGGGCGCUGGCACGGCUCCCCACUUCCACAAGUGCCCUCGACGGCCGUUUGCCGAGGGGAUCAUUGCAGUGUCCCCCUCGCCGGCCCCAGCUUGUCACUCGCAGACCCCAGCUGUGUCCAGUGAGGCAGCUCUGCUGCAGACCCAGCGCGCCCACGUUGGCUUCUGGAGGCCUGGCUUGGACGAGGAUGCCAAGGUGGCUCUGACUGUGCCUUGUCUCUCUCUUCCAGCUUACGUCCCCGAGGAAGAGCUGAAAGCAGCCGAGGUCGACGCAGACCCCGCGGAGGAGGGCAUCCCCUUGCACCCGCAGGAGAGCGAGUAUGUGUGCAAUGAAGACCCCGAGAUCAAAGAGGCGCACAGCUACCAGGACUCGCCCGUCAGCACGGCCACCAACCAGGAAGCCGGCUAUGGGUCGCCCUUCAGCGAGAGCAGCGACCAGCUGGCCCACUUCAAACUGCCCUCCUCCCAGGAGGAGAAGGACGACGCCCCGGGCGCGGACAGUGUCUCCUACCCGCAGGACAGCUUGGCCCAAAUCAAAGCUGUGUAUGCCAACUUGUUCUCCGAGUCAUGCUGGUCCAGCCUAGCGCUGGACCUGAAGAGGUCCAGCCUGACCUCCACCAGCAGCAGCAGCGAUGCUGGCAGGAAGGAGGGCGCCACGCCCACGCCCACACCCCCCACCGCCACCAGCACCGCCGGCACCAACACGCAUGUACCCGGCACCGGCACCGGCACCAGCACCAGCACCAGCACUAGCGCCAGCCACAGUGGUGGAGGCGGAGGCGGUGGCGGGGGAGGUGGCGGGGGCACCAAUAACAGCAGCAGCAGCAGCAGCUCCGGGUACGACUGGCACCAGGCGGCCCUGGCCAAGACCCUGCAGCAGACGUCCUCCUACGGCCUGCUGCCGGAGCCCAGCCUCUUCAGCACCGUGCAGCUGUACCGGCAGAACAACAAGCUCUAUGGCUCCGUGUUCACCGGCGCCAGCAAGUUCCGCUGCAAGGACUGCAGCGCCGCCUACGACACGCUGGUGGAGCUGACGGUGCACAUGAACGAGACGGGCCACUACCGCGACGACAACAGGGACAAGGACGCCGAGAAGACCAAGCGCUGGUCCAAGCCCAGGAAGCGCUCCCUGAUGGAGAUGGAGGGCAAGGAGGACGCCCAGAAGGUGCUCAAGUGCAUGUACUGCGGCCACUCGUUUGAGUCCCUGCAGGACCUCAGCGUCCACAUGAUCAAAACCAAGCAUUACCAGAAAGUGCCUCUGAAGGAGCCGGUGCCCGCCAUCACCAAGCUGGUCCCUUCCACCAAGAAGCGCGCCCUCCAGGACUUGGCCUCGCCCUGCUCGCCAGAGCCCGCGGGGGUGCCCGCGGAUGUGGCGGCGCUGGGCGAGCCCGGCAAGGACCAGAAGACGGCCAACCCCUACGUGACGCCCAACAACCGCUACGGCUACCAAAACGGGGCCAGCUACACCUGGCAGUUUGAGGCCCGCAAGGCGCAGAUCCUCAAGUGCAUGGAGUGCGGCAGCUCCCACGACACCCUGCAGCAGCUCACGGCACACAUGAUGGUCACCGGCCACUUCCUGAAGGUGACCACGUCCGCCUCCAAGAAGGGCAAGCAGCUGGUGCUGGAUCCCGUGGUGGAGGAGAAGAUCCAGUCCAUCCCCCUACCGCCCACCACGCACACCCGCCUGCCCACCGCCGCCGCCGCCGCCGCCACUGCCGGUGGCACCAAGAAGCAGCCAGACUCGCCGGCAGGUGCCGCCUUGCCUGAGGAGAAGGAGGCUGAGAAGGAGCAGGUGCCUGCUGUGACCCCCGCAGCCUCAGAGGCCGACCGGAGGGUCAAGGAGGAGGUGGAGGGCGGCACCGAGAAGCCGGAGCCCACCGCGCUCUACCAGUACCUGCGCGAGGAGGACUUGGCUGACAGCCCCAAGGGCGGUGUGGACAUCCUCAAGUCGCUGGAGAACACGGUCAGCACAGCCAUCAGCAAGGCCCAGAACGGCGCACCCUCCUGGGGCGGCUACCCCAGUAUCCAUGCCGCCUACCAGCUGCCCGGCUCUGUGAAGGCCCUGCCGCCUGCUGUGCAGACCGUGCCCAUGCAGCCCACCUAUGCCAGUGGGGCCAAGUCCCUGCCCGCCGAGCACAGUGCCCUCCUGCACUCCCCCGGGGGCAGCCUGACGCCCCCUCCCCACCGGAGCAACGUGUCGGCCAUGGAAGAGCUGGUGGAGAAGGUCACGGGCAAGGUCAGCAUCAAGAAGGAGGACAGGCCCAUCCAGGAGAGGGACAAAGGCCCCCCAGCCAAGGCCGCAUCCCCAGUGGUCAAGGAGGACAAAGAUCUCCCCAAGGGCGAAGAGCCUGGUGGCAAGCAGCUGCCCAAGAAGAGCCCGGACACAGAGGUGGGGAAGGUUGCCAAGGAGGAGCCGGGCGACCCGCACCCCCCCAAUGGCACGGAGCCCCUCCGGGCCAAAGUCACCAACGGCUGCAGCGGCCUGGGCGUCAUCACGGACCACUCACCCGAGCCGCCCUUCAUCAACCCCCUGAGCGCCCUGCAGUCCAUCAUGAACGCCCACCUGGGCAAGGUGUCCAAACCGGUCAGCCCCUCGCUGGACCCCCUGGCCAUGCUCUACAAGAUCAGCAACAGCAUGCUGGACAGGCCCGCGCCCCCCGGCGCCCCCGGCAAGCAGGCUGACGCCAUCGAUCGCUACUACUAUGAGAGCAGUGACCAGCCCAUCGACCUCACCAAAUCCAAGAGCAAGCCCCUGGGGGUGGGCGCAGCAGACGCGGUCUCGUCGCCCCUGCGGGAGAGUGCUCUGAUGGACAUCUCCGACAUGGUGAAGAACCUCACGGGCCGCCUGACGCCCAAGUCCUCCACGCCCUCUACUGUGUCCGAGAAGUCCGAUGCCGACGGCAGCAGCUUCGAGGAGGCGCUGGAUGAGCUGUCGCCGGUCCACAAGCGGAAGGGACGGCAGUCCACCUGGAACCCCCAGCACCUGCUCAUCCUGCAGGCCCAGUUCGCCUCCAGCCUGCGGGAGACGCCCGAGGGCAAAUACAUCAUGUCCGACCUGGGCCCCCAGGAGCGUGUGCACAUUUCCAAGUUCACCGGCCUGUCCAUGACCACCAUCAGCCACUGGCUGGCCAACGUCAAGUACCAGUUGCGCCGGACAGGGGGGACCAAGUUCCUGAAGAACCUCGACACGGGGCAUCCUGUGUUCUUUUGCAACGAUUGUGCCUCUCAGUUCAGGACUGCCUGCACGUACAUCAGCCACCUGGAGACGCACCUGGGCUUCAGCCUGAAGGACCUGUCCAAGCUGCCGCUCAGCCAGAUCCAGGAGCAGCCGAGCAUCCCCAAGGUCCUGGGCGGCAAGGCCCUGGGCCCUCUGGGGGUCGGGGACGAGGACCUGGGCUCCACCUUCCAAUGCAAGUUGUGUAACCGGACCUUUGCCAGCAAGCACGCAGUCAAACUGCACCUCAGUAAGACCCACGGCAAGUCCCCCGAGGACCACCUGGUCUACGUCACGGAGCUGGAGAAGCAGUAGCACCAGCUCUGCCCUUUGCACUAACACUGCUGCCGACUGCACUAGGCCUGGCCUGAGCCUCUGAAAUCAGACUCCUCCGAGGUCGCUGAGCUGCCUCCCUGGACCUUGGGUUUCUUACACGCCUUUUGUAGCUCUAUUUAUACGCACUCUGUCUGCGCCCCUGCAUGGUGGUUUUUCUCUCUCUUAUUUUUUUUCCUCCCGUGAAGCAGGGUCGGAUCUCUGCUUUCCACGUCCGUUCUCUUUUAGGAAAGAGCGGGACCCGCACUUCAGAGACGUUCCUGUAAGCCGGAAGUUGAGAUGCAAAUAACAGUGACGAAGAGAUGUCGGCGAAUGACGAGUUGCCACGACGGAGGGCUGUGGCACCCAGUUCGGGUCCAGUUUAACCCCUGUGAGGACUCUAAUCGUAUAUCUGUGCCUUUCACUUGAAGGAAAAAAAAUAAAUAGGUAAAUAAAUAGGAAGUAAAUAGAAGGUUUGAAGGCAUCUCAUUCAGAUCUAAAGCUGUGUCAGACACAAAACUUAUUUAAUGAUUAAAAACGUAGGAGCAGAGCUUUUUAUAUGCAGGACUGGUUUGUGAGGAAGCUUGCUGAGAGAUAGGACUCGUGGGGCGGCCCCCCACCCCACAGGUUUCAAUCAAACAUCAACCACAAACACCCCAGUCGCCACCAUGCCGAAACCCUUUGGAAGCUGGAAAAUGCCAGCAUGGCAAACACAAAACAAAAACAACAGCAACAAAACCCCACAAAAAACCCACAAAACAAAACAAAAAAAACUGAAA